UUGAUUUACGAAGGUAACAGGUACUGCUGCCGUGACCAUCAAGCAUUGGACUGGACUACCGGACACAAGCAGGCGUGUGGCACAGGAGGUGAUUCUGACUUGUCAGUACCUCCUGCGAACCCUUCCAACAGGUUCCUCUUCAAGGAGUAUGGCAUUGAAAUGGAUCAGGAAUACGUUUCUGCAAAUUUGUUGGAGGCCCUUAGUGAUGAAGACGAUGACGACGAUGACGAUGAUGAGCCGUGUAUUGACGAUGAACCCGAAGAUGUAAAAAGGAAGCGUAUGGCAGAGUUUGAAGCGUAUGUGGCUAAAAACAAGCUGCAAAACGAGAACUUCAAAACAGACGAAGUCGAAGCAGCAGUGGCCGAACAGCGAGACGACAAAAAAUUUGAGAGGUUCAACCGUCUCCUCAAUCUGAAUCCUACACAAGUACUUCGAUAUCAGCGAGGAGGAACUCCUCUUUUGGCUACUGAUCGUGCUCCUCCACUAGGGGUGGCUCCGCCAUGUGAGAAAUGUGGUGCAGCGCGUAGCUUCGAACUCCAGCUGAUGCCUCACCUUCUCUCCCUCAUCGGUGUUGAUCAGAUUGGUCAUUCGAUUGAUUGGGCUUCCAUCUACGUCUUCACCUGUUCGCAAACAUGUGAGAUUGAAAAUAACGGUUAUGUGAAGGAAUUCGUAUGCAAGCAGGACUUCUGUUGA